UAAGUGCGAAACGUGCAAUGUGCAAUAAAUUCGACAGAUACAAUAUUAACGAGCACGUGCAAUUUGCCACAAUAAACGAAAAAGAAAAUUUUUGAUUUAAUGUGGAAUUAUUAAGUUCAGCCGAUUCCUUGUCGAGCUUCUAAAAUCAGGAGCAACGUCACCAUCAGUAGCAGAGCAACAGCGGCUUCUUCAUCAUCAUCAUCAUCAUCAUCAAGCAGCAACCCCCCGAAAAAAAUUUGUUCUAUUUUCCUCUCAACAAAUCUUUAUUUUUUUUAAUAAAUCCUCCAAAAAUUAUGUCCAAUAAUUCUAUAUCUUCAAAUUCUUCCGAUGCAAAGGAUUCACAAACAAGAAAUAAUGAGUCUUUGCAAAUUUUCCAAAAAGACAAUUUACCGAAUUCGGUGACAAAUUCUGAUGAAUCAAUAAAGGGAAAUGAUUCAACGAAAAGGGAAGUUUUAUUAAAACAUUCGAGUGGAAAAAUAGAGGAUCAAAAGAGACCAGAAGCCACAGUUGAUUGUACAAAAAAUAAUUUUCUUUCAACAAAAGAAAUUGAAGAUUUUAAAUUAUCUAAACUCAAGAUUUUAUUAAAUAAAUCGUCAUCAAUUUUAGCAAAGAAUUUUCAACGUUCUUCAAAAACUUCUGAAAGUACAUCAUCGCAACAUUGCAAAAUUUCUUUAAUUGAAAAAUCACAAGUAGAUAUAUUUUCAGACAAUAGGGAAAAUUUCCAAAAUGCUAAUCUGCUAAAUACAAAUGGAGAAUUGUCAAAAAAAAUUCUCUCAUCAAAAGGGAAAAUUUCUCAAAAUACCAUGGAAUUAGAAAAUUUACACCCAUCAUCCAAAAAAUACAAGAAAAUAUCAUCAAAUACAAAAACAGAAAUCUCCGACUUUGAAUUUUUAACAAUAAAACCAUACAGAGCAAUAAAUUCAGAAGAUGAAUCUAAAUCAAUAUCACAAGAAACGAUAGUAAUAAUAGAAAGAGGAGAUAAUAGUUCAGAAAAAAGUGAGGAAUCCAGUCAAAGUUCCAUUUUCAUAAAAACAUUUCAAUUGAAAAAUAAUAGCGAAUGGAAAAAUAAUGUUGACUAUAGAAGAAAAUUUAUUGAAAUAGGAAAAUGGAAAUUUCCAUAUGAAAUUGAUAAUAAUAAAAAUAAUAGACAAAUGGAAUUAUAUAGAGGUUUAAUGAGAACUAUCAUUUGUAAAAUAACUAUGUGCUUUCUUUUUGGUAUUAUUUUUCCAUUAAUUAUAAUUGGAACAGGAUUUCUAUAUCGUAAUCUUUUGAAUAAAGCUGAAGGUAUUGAAAAUGAUGAAAUGACUCACGAAAAUAAUAACAAUAAUCAGGAUACUAUUUUUUUAGCUUCUUUUGACUCGUCAAAAUCUAUGGAAUCUUUAGAAAUUUUUCAACACACGUAAAAAGCAAAAAUUCUCACGAAUCAUUAAAACUGCAUCUUUCUUUUUUCUUUUAAUCAAAAAAUUUGCCUACCUUUUUAUCAUCGUUGUAUAUCGAAUACAAGAAUUGAGGCUGCUGGCAUAUUUUACAGAAUAAUUAUUUCUGAGUUUCUUUCCAAAAUCAUGAAGAGAGAAAUUCGUUAAAAUUUUUUUUGUA